ACUCCUUUUCUUCAACAUUUUGUCCGGCUCAAUUCCUGAGUCGCUCUUCAAUCUCACGAAACUCAGCACGCUCAGUCUCCUUGGAAACAGAUUAACUGGCUCAAUCUCUUCAAAAAUAGGCAGCCUUGCAGCGCUGACAACCCUACAGCUUGGCUACAACAACUUAACCGGCACCAUUCCUGAAUCUCUCUUCAAGCUCACAGACCUCAACAACUUAUUGCUAUGGAGAAACGAACUGACGGGCUCCAUACCUGCAAAAAUAGGCACCCUUCUAUUCCUGAAUGGCUU